CCAUCUAAUAUAUUGUUCCUAUUUCCCUUGUUAUCUAUGUUGUGGCUUUCUUUAUCUCUCUUUCUUGUUUAUCUGUGUUAUGCUAUUUUCCUCAAUGACUGCCAUAUUAUUUCAGUAGUUUGGCUGUAAAAUCCACAUAAAUGACUUCACUCUUUUUCUUUUCAAUAUGACCUUAUAAAAUUAUUUUAUUUAAAUUGCACUUGAAUUUGUCUUUAGCAAACAAUGAAAAAAAAGAUAUCAAGGUAAAUGAAUUGCAAAGGCAGUGUUACUAUAUUAUGUACUAACAGUCCCAACUUUUUCCUACAUAAAGGAUGAACAACUUUCUGCUGGACACAAGCAUCAAGCCUGCACCUCUUCCAAUAGUUAACCACAAGAUACCUGGGAAAUGUUUCAAUCCCGACUGUCGCUAUAAAGCAAAUAGUGAAUCAAACAGUGGAAUGUUUUCUUUCAUUGACACAAAAUGAAGAGAGAUCUAAAUAGACGUAAGUCUCACCUCUUGAUAAGAAGGUGGGUUGCCCGAAAAUUCCAACAAACGUUCUUUUUUCGUACAACAGCGUGGCAAAAAAAUGAGCACCACAAUUCCCAGGCACGCAAGUUCAAAAUACCUUGAGCACAUGCAGAAAGAGGAAGUCACUGAUGCUGCACAGGAACACAAUAAAUAUUUAGAAUGUUUGCACUAUGAUGAAAUGAGAAAGUUAACAUAGUUCUCAGGCAGGUAAACUCUAACGGCAUGUCUAAAAUAUUGUUUUUUUGGUCUCAAUGUUUGCUUCAACAUUUGAAAAACACGUACAGAAAAUAACUCAACGCAUCCAUGAGUUCUUCUGCCCAGGGUGGAAGCAUCACUGAUUUCAUCAUGGACUGACAGCAGGGCUGAAGUUUUGAAUCCUCGCCAUGAGUCAAGACGAAGGAACAAGCUUGACACUUUGAUGAUGUCCACUCCUGAGGGCAUCUUAAAGCCAGUGUUGGCUGCAAUGAAAAGCUACAGCAUGCUGGGAUUCAUGGGCCAAGGAUCCUUUGGAUAUGUGGUCAAAUGCAAGAAGGUUGAAGAUGCAGAGGAAGUGGCACUGAAGAUCUCCAAAGUUAUGGGAUAUGAAAUGAGUGAAACCAAUGAGAUUUCCAUGCUACAGAAGCUACGUCAGCUGGACUCUGACGCUGCCUGUAUCAUCCGCUGCUAUGAAUUUUUCCGUGUGUGCGGCCAUGUGGUCAUCGUGCUGGAGAAGCUGGACAUCACCAUUUCUGACUACAUGGACAAGAGAGACUGGAGCCCCGUAUCAGUUGAGAGUUUAAAAAUCAUCAUGAAAGACAUUGCUUCAGCGUGCAAAGCGCUGAGAGACGUCGGCCUGAUUCACAGCGACAUUAAUCCUGACAAUGUCAUGCUGGUGGAUCAGAUUCAGCGACCGUUCAGGGUGAAGCUGAUCGACUUCGGUGAGGCGCAGAAGUCUUCAGAUGUCAGAAGAGGAUGUAUGGUCCAAACUUUGCCCUACAGGGCUCCAGAAGUUAUUCUGGGCCUCCAGUAUAAUGAGGCCAUUGACAUCUGGUCUCUCGCCAUGAUGAUCACCAACCUGAGCAUAGGAAGUACUCUCUGUCCAGGAAGAAAUAACUAUGAAACCUUGCGCUGCAUCAUGGAGCUCCUGGGGAAGCCUCCAAAGAAAAUGCUGGAUGAUGGGAUUUACACAAUGUAUUUCUUCUCUAGAUGUCCCAAACCCAGUGAUCCAAAGAACACCUGGACAUUUAAAUGUCCACAUAAAUAUGAAAAGCAGUUGGGGAUAAAAACACAAGACAGACGGAGACGCUUCUUCUCCUCACUGGAUGAGAUCAAACAAUUGCCAAUGCACAAUGUGACCAAGCAGCUGUCAGCAGACAUCAGUGCUUGUAUUGAGCUGCUGAAGAAGAUGCUUCACCUUGACCCAAAGGAGAGAAUCAACGCAGACGAAGUCCUGCUCCAUCCUUUUGUCAGCGACCUCCCCCAAGAUGAUCAUGUAGACAUCUGAUGCAGCUCUUCCAUCAUCUCACCAAAGGACGAGUCCUUCAGUGUCUCCCUGACCAAUACUGGACUGAAUAAUAUCUGCACUGUUGAUUAAGCGCCCUGAGAAAGGUGCUUCUCUGAAUGUUCUGGAUGGCUAUUUCCUUUUUUAUAUUGAUGUCACCUGACAUAUUCUGGCUAGCAGCAAAGAAAAGACAGGGCGAAACGGAGCAUGCUGUGAGGAUUCUAAUAAAGUCAAACCCCCAGUCAGUUAAAAGUGACCCAUCACGAGGAUGUUGGACCAUUUGAUAGAGAUGCAGUCGACAGACACAGUUGAAGAGCACGGACAAAAAAAAUAUCAGGAAAUUGCUGGCUACUUUUCGUGCGCUUUAUUUAUGUAGCGCUAUACUUUUUACUGACAAUGUCAAAAAUACCCAAAAGAAACAACUCAAUUCUUCAAAGCUCAUGUUUUGUUUUGUCAUGAGAUCACACGAGUGCAAUGUUUGAAAUGAUUGUCACA